CGCUCAGCUCAGCCACACAGCGGAUGCGGGGCCGGGAUGAGGUGCGUGUUGCUGCCUUAUGUGCGGCUUCGGUGCGUCGAUUAAAGAUGCGAUUAAACAGCCGAGAAACAAACAAAAACAAACUGCGUCACGCGAAAACACUCCGGUGAUGACCGAGCGUGGAAGCUGCGGACAGAUGCGCGUCGGGAGAAAGUGAAUUUGGAGGCACUUUGGCUGCUCGGCUCUUUGUGCUGCAGGUUGCAGCAUUUUCCUUUUGGACUGAAAGGCCUCCAAGAUAGAUUCCCUCAGGAGUAAAGUGGACUUGCUGCGCCUCCCCUUGGCCCUCUCCACCAAGUCCAUUAGCAAUCGUAAGAGUCAGCUGGGCGUGGUCUGGGAGAAAGGCGGCGGCGGCCCGGGGGCAGGAGGGGCUCGGAAACUCCGCCCACCGCUAGCCUCCAACAUGGACAACGAGUCGACGUACUCGGGCUACUCCUACAAGUCGUCCCACUCACGAAGCUCCCGCAAACACAGGGAGAGAAGGGACAGGCAUCGCUCGAAGAGUCGGGACAGCAGCAUCCGUGGAGACAAAUCAGUGACCAUCCAGGCUCCAGGAGAGUCGCUGCUGGACGCCGAGUCCACCAGAGGAGACGACAGGGAUGACAACUGGGGUGAGACGACGACUGUGGUCACUGGCACCUCUGUGGACAGCAUCUCCAAUGAGGACCUCACACGGGUCUCUAAGGACAUUGAGGAUUCUUCGCCGCUGGAGUGCCGGCGUUACCUCGGCCCAGCGUUGGGCGCCGUCCUGGGGCUCUUUGCUCUGGUCACUCCUCUGGCCUUCCUGGCGCUCCCACAGCUCCUUUGGCGGGACACACUGGAACCUUGCGGCACACCAUGUGAGGGCCUUUACAUUUCUCUGGCCUUCAAGCUCCUGAUCCUCCUCAUCUCCACCUGGGCGCUUUUCUUCCGCCCACCCAGAGCCACUCUGCCACGCUUCUUCAUCUUCCGCUGUCUGCUGCUGGCGUUGGUCUUCCUCUUUGUUGCGUCUUAUUGGCUCUUCUACGGGGUGCGGGUGCUGGAGUCCAGAGAGACAGACUACAGGGGGAUUGUGGGAUAUGCAGCAUCUCUGGUGGAUGCGCUGCUGUUCAUUCAGUACCUGGCCCUGGUGCUGUUGGAGGUCAGACAUCUGCAGCCUGCGUUCUGUCUCAAGGUUGUGAGGACCACAGACGGAGCCAGUCGCUUCUACAACGUGGGACAUCUUAGUAUUCAGCGAGCAGCAGUGUGGGUUCUAGACCAGUACUACAGUGACUUCCCAGUGUAUAACCCCGCCCUGCUCAACCUGCCCAAGUCCAUCCUCUCUAAGAAGAUGUCUGCCUUCAAGGUCUACAACCUGGGGGAAGAGAACAGCACCAAUAACUCUACAGGUCAGUCCAGAACCAUGAUCGCAGCUGCUGCUCGGAGAAGAGACAACUCUCACAACGAAUACUACUACGAGGAGGCAGAGAUGGAGCGGAGGGUCCGCAAACGUAAGGCUAGAUUGGUGGUGGCAGUAGAAGAAGCCUUUACCCACAUCAAGCGCCACCAGGACGAGGAGGCGAUCCCCUCUUCACCUAAACACCCUCGGGAGGUGAUGGACCCCAGGGAGGCGGCCCAGGCCAUCUUUGCCCCCAUGGCGAGGGCCAUGCAGAAGUACCUCCGCGCCACCAGGCAGCAGUCCUACCACAGCAUGGAGAGCAUCAUCAACCACCUGCAGUUCUGCAUCAUGCACAACAUGACCCCCAAGGCUUUCCUUGAGCGUUACCUCAGCCCAGGUCCCACCCUCCAAUACCUGGACACCAGCAGGGGGCGCCAGUGGACACUAGUGAGUGAGGAGCCAGUGACUGCUGCUCUGCGUCAGGGCCAGGUCUUCUCACUCAGACGCCUGGACUUCUCCCUGGUCGUCACGGUGACGCCACUCCCCUUCCUGCACCUGGGCGAGGAGUUCGUCGAUCCUAAAAGGCACAAAUUUGUCAUGAAGCUCCAGUCAGAGACGUCUGUGUAGGACGAGGGUGGUGAACUAUAGUGCUGUUCAUAAGCGUGACGCCCAAAUGAUGUGGCUAUAACAUCACAAUAGUCAAGGCAACAGUAACACCCCAUCACAGACUUUGUUCCUCAAAUGUCAUAAGAUUAGACACUCAAAGUGCUGACUGUUAACUUCUGAUGUUGUACUAUAGACUGCUUCCAGUUUUCAUGACACUGAAGUAUUUGUGCUGCUUUUGGUGCUAUUUCACUACACAUUCAAUGAAAUAAGUGUUUUUGAGAAAAAAGUUGGUCCUUUGGUUAAAACAGUUACACUUAAAUUUGAUUUGAUCCACAUUUAUUAUUCAGGCAACAAUUUUUCAAUAGAAUAUAUACCCAUGCAUGGUGUGGACUGUUUUUGGUAAAUGUACCAAGCCUUCUGUGUGUGCACUGACCUUUAAAAUGCACUAUCAGACCUGACAGGCUUCACUUUAGCUCACUCAUUGCCAGAGCUAAUCUUAAUUCUCGUUUCCCUUUUUACUUGAACUUCUUGUUUGGACUUUCAAAGCUACAAACGGGCAGAAUCAGACAUUUACUUAAAGGUUCUCUGGUCUUUUCUCGUCUUUUGGAUGUUGAUUGGAUUCACUGGCUGAAUCGAAGGGGGGUGAAACUGCCUUUAAAUUGCUUCCCCUUUUUUUGAUUCCACUGAAUAGUGCACCGAGAAGUGGACACAUACUUCCCACUGAAAGUAUAUAGUAAGAUACACUGGAUUGACUUUCAAUGCACUGAGCAUUUCAUAAAAUGCACUGCAUUAUUUCCUGCUCAGGUUUUGGUGAAUCACUUCUCAUUUCUGGAGAACUGAAAGAAAUGUACUCCUGCACUGGGAGGAAAUAUAACUUUUGUUAGUACAAUGUAAAUACCAGUAUACUGUAUGUCCAAUAUCUCUGGUAGCUGAUGUAUUCACCUUUACAUACGAGGUUUGAAUUGGACUUAAUGAGCCCCAACACAAUACAGCCAGGCACCACCAAUGUGCUUCUUUUUGGCAGCUUGAUGUUUUUGAUAUUUUGCAAAGUGAGUGUGUGAAUUUGUGUGUGUGGUUGGAUCACAAAGUGGACAAAGUGGGCAACUGCCUCGUGGCCUGAGACCCUUAAGCCCCAGGUUCCCCUCAUGUGCGUAAUUUGAUUAAUUGCAAGUCUUCGACACCAAUUCAAUAUGCUUAAUUGGCCAAUAAGGUCCAAGAAGGGCCGAUUAUGCCAGCGGUGCAGGACCAUGUGUCAAAUCUAGGGUGACGCGCUCACCAGUGGCCAGACAUUGACCAACAGCCAACCAUCAACUUAGUGUGUCAGGACCUAUAGACGUACUGUAACAAUGCCUCGGGGUAAAGUAGAUGGUGGCAGCAUGCAACCUCAAACGCAAUGGUUGCAAUCUGCCAUAAAAAGUAUAGAAGAAGAAUGUAUGCACAAUUAAAGCAGGAAGUACCUUGAAGUUUCCCAAAAUUUGUCCAGUUUGUGACCAAAUAUCUGCCAGAUGUUUCCACCAGCCUCAGUUGUACUUUGUUUAAAGCUAAUUAGCAAAUGUCAGUAGCCUAAAAAAAAAAAGCAUGUUUAUACACUGAAGUAAGAUGAACAUGGUCGACACUACCUUUUAAGACAGGUCCUUCAAUACCUAACCUUGUGGCCUUGUCCUGUAGAAGUGCCCUGAGUCAAAAUCUACUUUUCAAGACCUUAAAAAAGUACUUCGCGAUUUAGCAUUGCACUUCCAUGACACUGUUAGGCUCACGAGGGACAGUAAAACAAAAAAAAAUUAUUCCACACAUUCUCCUUUCUGGUCAAAACAUGUCGCCAGAAUUACCCAUAAUGCAACUCGAGUGGGGACUAAGAACUUUUGCGAAGCCAAUUUGAGAGUUUUAUCAGUAGCACGGGGUAAAAUCUCUCAGUAAGCGAGAGACUGAAUCAGUGACCAUAUGCUAACAACAACAACUGUCACUUCCUGGUAGACAGCUGACAAACGAUUUUAAUUGAGAUAUGUAAAACUGGCAAACUUGGUUACUUCUGUUGUCAUUUUCCCAACCGGUCUCACUCCCAACUCAUCAAAUACCAACGCUUGGAGAGUGGCCGUUGGCAUCGCUACUGAUGGUGAAACAAGGCACCCUUUGGCAGUGGUAUGAGAUGCACCGGGCGACGGCUUAGUGAUGGCCAAGUGAAGCCUCAUGAACCACUUUCUUUAUUUUCUAAUGCCACCAGAUGGCACUCUUGGUUUAAAGAUAAAGGCUG